AUGGAGCCCAACCUCACCGCCGGCGGGGCAGGCAACGCGUCCGGCCGGGCGGCGGGCUCGGGCAGCGGCGGCGGCAGCGAGCUGCUCAUCACCUCCGCCUUCGGCACGGUGCUGUCCUGCAUGUGCGUGGCCGGGGUGGCGGGGAACCUGUACACCCUGGCGGUGAUGUGCCAGUCCGCGCGCUGCGCCGCCCCCAUGUACAGCUCCAUCAUCAGCCUGGCGCUGGCCGACCUGCUCUACCUCUCCACCAUCCCCUUCAUCGUCUGCACCUACCUGGCGCAGGACUGGUACUUCGGGGACCUGGGCUGCCGCGUCCUGCUCAGCCUGGACCUGCUCACCAUGCACGCCAGCAUCUUCACCCUCACCCUCAUGUGCGCCGAGCGCUACCUGGCCGUCACCCGGCCCCUGGACAGCCUCAAGCGCUCCCGGGGCUACCGCAAAGCCACGGCCGGGGCCGUGUGGUCCGUCUCCCUGCUGCUCACCCUGCCCAUGAUGCUGAUGGUCACGCUGACCGAGGCGGGCCAGGCCGGGGGCAAGGUGAAGCGGAUGUGCGCCCCGACGUGGAGCGCCGACGCCUACAGGACCUACCUGACCGUGCUGUUCAGCACCAGCAUCAUGGCCCCGGGGGUGAUCAUCGGCUACCUGUACACGCGCCUGGCCAGGACCUACCUGGAGUCCCAGAGGAACCCGCCCCACAAGGAGGGCAAGAGGUCCCCCAGGCAGAAGGUGCUGAUCAUGGUCUUCAGCAUCGUGCUGGUCUUCUGGGCUUGCUUCCUGCCCUUCUGGGUCUGGCAGCUGGUGCGCCUCUACCACAGCUCCCUGCAGCUGACUUCGCAGACCCAAAAGUGCAUUAACUACCUGGUGACCUGCCUGACCUACAGCAACAGCUGCAUCAACCCCUUCCUCUACACCCUGCUCACCAAGAACUACCGGGAGUACCUGCGCAACAGGCACCGCAGCUUCUACCGCUUCACCUCCUCCUUCCGCAAGCGGAGCUCCAACCUGCAGUGCUCCUGGGGAAGGGCCACGUCCUCCAGCAACCAGUAUGACUACGGCUCGGAGUGCCUGGGCAUGGCAGCGCUGAAGGACAAGUGAGGAGGGCAAGGGGCUCCAGCC